UUAUAUAAUUAUAUUAGAUAUAUUUAGAUUAUUUUUAUCAUAGAUAAUGUUAAUAUAAUAUUGUAAUAUGGUGCAGAUUUGUAGUAAUCACGAGCCUUUUUCUGGGAAAUAGGCUUGCCUUCUCAGCUAUGGAGAAUUCUUAAUGUUAAUAGAAAAUGCACCUUUGAAACUUUCAGAGAUUUUCUGUCUGAAAUAAUUCUCUGCUGCUCUUUUUCUUUUUCCUGCAAUGGCCGCUAAAUCGAUCGAGGAGGAGAAACCAUUCUUAUCGGGGAUGGGGGGUGGAAGCACCAAUUUACCAGUCAACAUUGCAUGUUUUGAGUUGAUUAAGCCAAGCUUUGAUGAGACCAACCAUCAUUGUUCUCUCGAUGUGUUGCCUAUUCUAAUAGAGGAGACUUCAUUUCCAGUAAGAGAAAAAUGCAGCUUAAACACUUCACAUGGCCAGGAUGUCUAUAGCAUUUCUGUGUUGCCUGAGGAAGGAAACACGAGUCCAAAAUGUACACCACAGUUAACUUUUUUGAGCCUCUUGGAAGUUCCUUUUCCAUCUGAAAACCAGAUGUGUUUGGAUGCGAAAUUGAGUUGCCACAACUGCAUCAAUUUGAAAGUGGAUAGUGAAGAUGCUUAUUCAUCGUGCAUUCUGGAUAUAAACAUUGAGAAAGAGCUUCCUGACAUACUUACAUCCAGUGAUGAGAUUGUUGGAAAUUCUAAAACUGAAGGCGUACUGACAAAUUUGCAGAAGGUUUUGCAGAGACAGUCAAGCUUAUAUGUAGAAAAAUCAUUGACUGAGAGGGUUCAAGAAGCACCAAUGAAUAGAUGGAAAAGAUAUAAACGAGCUGCAUCAUUUGAUUCAAGGAAAAUAUUCUUCCUUUUCUCAAUCCUGUCAUGUUUGGGGACAUUGAUAUUGAUUUAUCUGACGCUGAGAGUUACGGCAAACUAUUGAUGUGUUCAAUCUACGUCAGUCAGGUUCAAAUGUGAGUGCGGUAUACAAGUGUGUUGAAUUCUUUUUUCUAGAUUUCAUGAUCAUAUCCUGUACUCAUGUCUGGAUAUAGUACGAGUACCUAAAAGAUAAAGUGAAAAGUCGGAGUAACAUAGGAUUCAAUCAUGUUUUGUACCUUCUUCUUUAUUUUGUUGAGCAUCUUUUCUUGAAGUUUAUUGAGAUUUCGUGUUUUGAGAACUGCUGCUUUAUAGUUUAGCUUUCUAAAUGUCAAUAUUAUUGAUUUUCCACUGUAAAUAUGACCAGUGAUUCAGUAAUUCAUCAUCUCUUUAUCAUUGUAA